UUAUCAUCCAUAAUGCUAUCCUUUAAAAAGAAAAUUACCGUUAUUUACCAAAAAAAAAGGAUACCAACAUAGUCAAACAGUACCAACUCAAUCGCCCAAAGUUGUCAUCACAUCAGAUUUACAUGAUUGCGGUAACGAUUGAGUGAUCAAUUUUUUACAUCGAUAAUAUUAGUGAUUGGUUCAUUAUUUUUGAAACUUUAGUGCUGAAAGGAAAAUUUUACCAUUUACGUAGUUUAUAAGUUGAAUUAAAAUAUAGGUUAUUCCCAUAAUAUUACAUGUUUCUUAGCAGGAAUAUUUGAGUAUUGGACUGUUGGGCCUGGGAAAGUAUAGGCUGACAAAGAGAAAUCCCCAGGGCAUAUGGGUGUAGCUAUAGGUCUGUAUUUACGCAAUGCUCUGUUCUUCCGGUAAAUCGCGAUUCCAAUUUUGCGAUUUUUAAGUCAAGGUUUCACGUCGUUCUGAAUUUUCCAAUUACAAAAAUCCUUUUCUCCUCCUUGAAGUUUGAGGCUCAUUCUUCUCAACCAUUUUGAAGAAAAAAAAAAGUUUCAUGGAUGCCACGAGAGGGCGAGAAUCCACGGAGUUAUUAGACAAGAUCCUCGCUCCAUGCCUUGAAGACGCGGGUCUCGAGGAUUGCGCUCUUCCGCCGGAUUCCAUACACGAGGCCUUCCUCAAAGCUGCAUCCGCCAUCAAAUCACGUUCCAAAACCAUUUACUUUUCCGAUGAUGAAGUUGAAGCCGGAUUCGUAGACAACGAUCCAUUCCAUAAUGCAGUGGUGGUCGCAGGGUCUUCCCACCCUCCAUCAGACUCGGUGGAAGCGAACGAAAGGCUGGUUGUCGUUGUUGGAGGCGGUGGUGGAGAACCGGUUUCGAAAAGAAUUGUCUAGAUGAUGAAUUGAAGUGUUUGAAGAUCGAAGAGAAAGAGAUCCUUCUUCUUGAUGCUUAAUCUAGCUUCUUUUUCUUGAAUAGUUUAGAUCUAGCUGGUGCUUGCUUUAGCUAAAGUCAUGGAAGUUUAUGCAAACGUCU